AACGCCAUCCUUUUUUCUUGUUUUACAGUUGCUGCUACGUUCUCGCCCAGGAUUUAUUAGAGUGCUGUCUGCCGAGCCUACAGAAAAUGGAGAACGAGAAGAAAGAUGGAUGUCGGAAAACGAGCACAAGAAGAUAGACAUGAGAGUUUACUAAAUACCCAAGGGACAAUGCUAGACGUGAUUGUGAUAGGAGCAGGUGUCGCCGGCCUCUCCGCCGCCCACAAACUAAAAAAAGCUGGCCUUCAGAUUGCGGUUUUAGAAGCGCAAGAUCGAGUUGGAGGUCGAACACUGACCCAGCCCGUGGACAUAGGUCAAGGAAAGACGGAGCUCUUUGACCUUGGCGGCCAGUGGGUGGGGUCGAGCCAGAAACACGUUAUGGACAUGUUACGAGAGCUUGGUCUUGAAACGUAUCCACAAUACACGUCAGGCACAAAAGUCAUGCAGUUGGGUCCAGGAGGCAAAGUUAGAACCUACAAGAGUGACAUCCCUUCGAUAGGUUCACUGAAGGGCCUGGUUCAACUGCAGCUUUUCAUAUGGAAGAUAGAGAGGAUGGCCGCCCAAACUCCCAUUGAAGAUCCUUACAAGAGCCCUUACGCCCGGGAGCUCGAUGGACACACCGUCGAUUCCUUCGCCAGAAAACAUAUCACGUGCGAAGUUACUGUUCGACUCAUUGAUGUUGCUUGCAAGGUUGCUUUCGGCACAGAAGCGACCAGGAUCUCUGCCAUUUUCUUCCUGGCUUACUCGAACGCGGCAGGGGGAGUGAUGAAGGUUCUUGAAGCCAAGGAGGAAACCGCUCAGGAAGCCAGGGUUAAGGGCGGAACCCAACAAAUAUCCCAACUCCUCGCCAAAAACCUGGGCGACGAAAUCGUUUUCUUGAGUCACCCCGUAGUUCGCGUGGACCAAACGGGAGAAAACGUGAAAGUGACAACAGAAAACGGGGACACGGUUGAGGCUCGGCGGGCGGUCAUGACGGCGCCGCCAAACAUGAUAUUAAAGAUGGCAUUUUCUCCUCCUCUUCCUCCUUCUAAAAGACUCAUCUACGAGAACUUACCUAUCGGCCAUCUUAUCAAGUUUGUGGUGGUUUAUGAUAGGGCCUUCUGGCGCGAAAACGGCUUCUCGGGCGAGAUCGUGAGCGACGGCGGCACAGAGAGCCUUCCGGAGGGCGUGAGCCGAGGGCCCCUGAGCGUGUGCUUCGACGCCACCUCCCACAGGGGCACGCCAGCUAUUGUGGGCUUUAUUGCAGGCCGGCAGGAGGUCGAGUGGCAGGGAAAGACGAUAGACGAACGAAAAGCAGCAGUUUUACAAGGUCUCGCAGCCACCCUGGGACCCGACGCCAGGCACUGCGUCUCCUACACUGAGAAGAUCUGGGCCGAGGAGCCUUAUAUAGGAGGGUGCCCCGUGGUGUUUGGGGUACCUGGUCUGUCCUUUGCCCUGCCCCACCUGCGCUCCCCCCAUGAGAGACUACACUUCGCCGGCACAGAAACAGCCACGGAAUGGACGGGUUUCAUCAGCGGAGCCAUACAGUCGGGAAAUCGGGCAGCCAUUGAAGUGUUGAAGAACUUACGACCCGAACUGGUGGAUGAGAACGACUUGAAGGGAACGUGUUACGACCCUGGGAGCAUUCUUGGAGACUACAGGACAAACCAAAGGCUACAAACAGACAACUACAAAGUCUUCAUUAUUGUAGCAGUCAUCAGCAUGGUCACUGCUGUUAUAUAUGCUACAUUAUUAUAGGAAAAAAAAAUUGAACUAAAUGUAUUCUAAUUAUAUGAUUUUCUUAUAUGAUAUUGUAUUAGGAUAUACAUAAAUAAUCUAAUAUACAAAUCCUAGUUAUAAUUAAUGUUUUAAGACUAUAUUGUUGCUUCUUUGUCACUGUUAACCACAAUAUUGAUAAAAAUUCCUUUGAUAUUGAACUUAGUACAUCUCUUUGCAUGUCUGUUAACAGUACAAAAUACAAAAUUUAAUCUAAUACUUCUAAGUAUUGAUGUAUGUCUCUAGUCUACAAAAAUAUAUAUUUAGCAUAUUUACUAUAUGGUUUGAUUAUAUUUGAAAAUGUCCUUCAAACACCUGUUGUAAUAUAUGGUAAAUAAAAAUGCUCUUUAUA